AUGGCGGGCGCGGCGAGCGCGGCGGCGGAGCGCAAGGUGACCAUCAGGGUCCUCCUCGUCGAGGACGAGGAGAUCCACCGGGUUCUGGCGAGGGCGCUUAUGAAGGCCGUCGGCGGCGUGGAGCUGGACGAGGCGGGGAACGGCGCCGAGGCGGUGCGGCGCGUGCGGGAGGGCGGCGCCUACGACCUCAUCCUCGCCGACAGGCAGAUGCCCGUCAUGGACGGACACGAGGCGACUAGGCAGAUCCGGGCCCUGGGCGUGACGACGCCGAUCGUCGGGCUGUCGAGCGACAGCCUCGCCGCCGACGUCGACGCGUUCAUCAAGGCCGGGGCCGACGACUUCACGCCCAAGCCGCUGUCCAAGGAGAAGCUCAACCAUAUCCUCGCCAAAUUUAAUCUCGCCUAGCUCCGCCUGCGGCAAAUGCAAUCCAAAUAAGGAAGAAAAGGGCACUAAAUAAAGCCCUCGCCGAACAAAAGUAUAUAUAUCGGAUUCGGAUGGGCUUCCUCCCGGAAGUGUCUCAGUUUCUGGGCCUUGGGCCUUGUAGCUGCUUGUGUUCGCCGAAGCUGUCGUUCGAGGAAAAAAAAACAUGA